AUGGGUAAAGAUGUUGAGGUUCAAGAACAAGGUGCUGAAUUCUCAGCUAAGGAUUACCAAGAUCCACCACCAGCACCUAUUUUUGAUGCUGCUGAGUUUACAAAAUGGUCUUUGUACAGAGCUGUUAUAGCAGAGUUUGUAGCAACUCUUCUUUUUCUUUACAUCACUGUUUUGACCAUUAUUGGUUACAAACGACAAUCUGAUACCAGUAUUAAAGGUAACACUGAGUGUGAUGGUGUUGGGCUUUUGGGUAUUGCUUGGGCUUUUGGUGGUAUGAUCUUUGUCCUUGUUUACUGCACCGCCGGUAUCUCAGGAGGACACAUAAAUCCAGCAGUGACGUUUGGACUAUUUGUGGGACGCAAGGUGUCUUUAAUAAGGGCAGUACUAUACAUAAUAGCACAAUGUUUAGGUGCAAUUUGCGGUGCUGGACUUGCCAAGGGGUUCCAAAAAUCAUACUACAACAGGUAUGGUGGAGGAGCUAACUCCGUUUCUGAUGGUUACAGUAAAGGCACUGCUUUGGGUGCUGAGAUUAUUGGCACCUUUGUGCUAGUCUACACUGUUUUCUCUGCUACUGAUCCUAAGAGAAGUGCCAGGGAUUCUCAUGUUCCUGUAUUGGCACCACUUCCCAUUGGAUUUGCCGUGUUCAUGGUUCACUUGGCAACAAUCCCCGUCACCGGAACUGGUAUUAACCCCGCUAGGAGUUUCGGACCCGCCGUUAUCUUCAACAACGACAAAAUUUGGGAUGACCAGUGGAUUUAUUGGGUUGGACCAUUUAUUGGUGCUGCAGUGGCUGCAAUCUACCACCAAUACAUUCUAAGAGGAUCAGCAAUUAAAGCUCUUGGAUCCUUCAGGAGCAAUGCUUAA